AUGAACGUGUCUGGGACGGUGAAUGCGUUGAGGUUGUUUUAUAAUCCGUGGCAGUUCCUGCCUCAGAUCACGGUAUCGACGUUUAACCAGAUCCCCAUCCCGAUUCCGAGUGCCAAUGGCAAGAAACCCAUUCGAGUGGUGAUUCUGGAUAAGGACAAUUGUUUUGCGGAGCCACAUAAAAAUGUGGUGUGGCCGGAGUAUGAACAGCAUUUUGCCAAACUGAAAGAAGCGUAUCCUGACGGAGUGCUCAUUGUUUCGAAUACGGCAGGAUCAGGAGACGAUGUCGGGUAUAAACAGGCCGAACUGCUUGAACAGAACACAGGGAUCAAAGUUCUGCACCACACGAGCAAGAAACCAGGCUGUCAUAGCGAGAUCAUGGACUACCUUCGAACCCAGAACCUGGCUACCGAUGCCAGUGAAGUGGCCGUGGUCGGCGACAGGCUCAUGACCGACGUGCUCAUGGCCAAUCUCAUGGGUUCGACCUCGGUGUGGAUCCGCGACGGUGUCGUGCCUCCUACCAGCGUCCUCUCACGUGUCGAGUACGCUCUUUACGACUCUCUAGCGAAUAAAGACCAGAAAUAA